CCGUAGAUUCUUUUUUUGUUAUGGUCCGCAGCUUCAUUUCAAUCACACGCCCUCUCCGUUGAAGUGUAAAAAGAUAGACAGUAAACAUGGACGGAGGCACAGGAUCAAGCAAGAAAGCCAAAAAGAGCAAGGAAUCCAAAUCACUUGGGGAUAUCCAACAUGAGGCAGAUUUCCUGAUCAAACCAGAAUCGGCAGCGGCCAAACUUGAGACAGCCCAUUGGCCUCUCCUGCUCAAAAACUAUGAUAAACUGAACAUUAGAACGGGGCACUACACUCCAUUACCUAAUGGCUGCUCACCACUCAAAAGAGAGAUCAAGGAAUAUGUUUCGAGUGGUUUCAUCAACCUUGACAAGCCAGCGAAUCCAUCAUCUCAUGAGGUCGUGUCAUGGGUCAAGAAGAUCCUUAGGGUCGAGAAGACCGGUCACAGCGGGACCCUUGACCCCAAGGUCACUGGAUGUCUUAUUGUCUGUAUAGAACGAGCCACACGAUUGGUCAAAUCACAACAGAGUGCAGGCAAGGAAUAUGUCUGCAUAGUCAGGUUACAUGAUGCGAUUGAGAACCAGUCCAAACUAGCAAAGGCUAUUGAGACACUGACAGGAGCACUGUUCCAGAGACCACCCUUAAUAUCAGCUGUCAAACGACAACUCAGAGUGAGAACAAUAUACGAAAGCAAACUCAUCGAAUAUGAUCCUCAAAGACACUUAGGUAUUUUCUGGGUGAGUUGUGAAGCAGGAACAUAUAUCAGGACACUGUGCGUCCAUCUUGGACUCCUGUUAGGGGUCGGAGGUCAAAUGGCGGAACUCAGGAGAGUAAGAUCUGGUAUUCAGUCAGAAAAGGAAGCGCUGGUGACGAUGCAUGAUGUCCUAGAUGCCCAAUGGGUUCAUGACAACCAUAAAGAUGAAGGUUACCUACGACGAGUCAUCAAGCCUAUGGAAGCUCUACUGACAGGCCAUAAGAGGAUAGUACUCAAAGACAGCUCGGUGAACUCAGUCUGCUAUGGUGCCAAGGUCAUGCUCCCUGGCGUCCUUCGCUUCGAGGACGGCAUCGAGAUGAACUCAGAGGUCGUGCUGAUGACCACCAAGGGAGAGGCCAUCGCCCUGGGCAUUGCACUGAUGACCACCUCUACCAUGGCCACCGUUGACCAUGGUCUGGUGGUCAAGCUAAAGAGGGUCAUCAUGGAGAGGGAUGUGUACCCCAGGAAAUGGGGCCUCGGACCAAAGGCGAGCAUGAAGAAGACGAUGAUCAAGCAGGGCAAGCUGGAUAAGCACGGCAAAGCAAACGCAGAGACUCCCAAAGACUGGAUCAAAGGCUACCAAGAUUACAGUGUGAAGAAGGAGGAGGCAAAACCAGAGGAGGAGAAGUCUGCCGUGGAAACACCCGUCAAGAAACGAAGGAGAGAGUCGAGUACUUCCAGCACUGAAGCAGCUCCAGUCACACCGUCCGGAGACGCAUCAGCGGUCAAAGAGAAGAAGAAGAAGAAGAAGGAUAAGAAAGCUAAGGCAGAAGCAGUAGAGGAGGAGGAAGAGAUGGAGACAUCGGUUGUAGAGACACCCAAAUCAGAGAAGAAGAAGAAGAAGAAAAAGAAGGUGGAGGCAGAGGAGGAGGAAGCAGACGAAUCGUUAGCCGAGACACCUAAGUCAGAGAAGAAGAAGAAGAAAAAGAAGAUGAAAGUAGACGAGGAAGUGGAAUUAGAGGAAUCUGUAGUAGAGACUCCUACAUCAGAAAAGAAGAAGAAAAAGAAGAAAAAGAAGGAGAGAGAGGAGGAUGACGACUGAGAAGAGUUCUUUAUUAACUGUGCCAGAAGGGGUUCAUGACCCCCCCCCCCCCCUCCCCCUCUCCCCUUCUUCCACCUUCCCUUCUUCCACCUCCCCUCUUCCACCCUUCCCUUCAUUUGAAAGAUUCCUGGGUGAUCUUGGACCAGCUGCCCCUCACAGUCCCAUGAAGUUAAUGUACAUGUACUGACGUAGUAUCGACUGUUCGUCCAUAUACAAAGGACACCUUGGAAUGAGAACUUGUAUCAUACUGAAACCCAAAAUGGGAUGCCUGAUCAAAUGGCACAUAUUUAAUUGGACAAAUGAAACACCGUGAUAUAUAUAUAUUUCUCUCUCUCUUUCUCUCUCUCUGUUAGUCGAUCAGGUCAAGUAAAAUUGGUCCAAUAGUGUUAAGAAAAGUAAUUUUCCUUUGCAUGAGUCCACUUCUUCUGUUAUUUUAAAUCUGUUUUAAUUGUAUAGCACUCUCUAACGUAUGGUAGGGUCUUUGUAAGAUUACAAUUGGUUUGUACAUUGAGCCAGAUGAGUAUUAACACUGUAUUCACAAGCACAAUUCCAUUGCUCUCUCUGUCCAUUCCCAAAUAGUCUGGUUGGAUUCUUAAGAGAAAAUGAGCAUUGAUUUUGUUUUUCAUUAUUCGUAAAGUUGGUAACAACCAUUUUUAUAAUUUAGAUAUCUGAUCUCAAAAGAUUGAUAACUUGAACAGAUUUUUUUUCUUCAUUUGAGGGAGAAUCGGUUCCUAUGAAGAGUAAGGCUUCUUUUUUUCACUACCUCUUCUAGUUUUAUGUAUGCUACAUGUGUUAUGUUUAAGAAAACAGCAAAUCCUUUUCCUUUUUACUAUGGCUCUUAAUAUCUGAGCAGUAAUGAUGCAGCUAUGUUAAUGUAGUACUUUCUGUUAAUGUGAUACAUCACGAUUAUGAAUUGAAAGAAAGUAUGAUUGAAUGAGUGAUGGCCAAAAUUGUACUUUUUGAAAAGACAUGUAAAUAGUCUAAAGCAAGUUUUUGAAUAAAAUGUAAGUAUUAAAAUUUGGA